UGAACAGCACAUAUUAAGAUAAACAUGUUAUUAUCUGUGGGGUGCUAAAACCACGAAGACCAGCAGGAGGCUACAGAUUGCAGUAUGCUAGCAGAGGCUAGUGUUGUCACAAGGAUUCAUGAACUACAUUUACGACACAGAUUUUAAUACUUUAAUUGAGACUUAGUCAUGUCUCAGGUGGAGAAGAAGGCAGGGCUGCUUAGGAGGACGUCGUCCUCUAAAAAACCCUUGAAAGAGAAGGUGGUGCUGAUGUAUGAUGAGAUUUUUGCAAAAGAGGACCCAGCCAAAAACAACCCUCGCUUCUGGGACGAGCUGUUUCUCAUGAAGGUGAACCUAGAGUACCUGGAGUCUAAAUUGGAGAGUGUAGAUGGGGAAGAAGUUCAGCGCAUUCAAGACAACAUCAACUCUCUUUUCCACCACUGUGUUCAGGCUCUAGGAGAGGAGCACCAGAUCAAAGUGGUCAAUGCCCUGCAGACUCUGUGCGCACUUUUCCGAGGGGUUCAUCAGAAGAACAAGUCAGCGUCCGGCUUUGACAUCAUCAACAUGCUCAUGGGGUUUGACAAGGCUGAGCAAAGGAUGAAGGACCUGAUGGAGAGACUGGACAGCCUUCUUUGUGGAGACGGGUCAGAGAGUCUGAAGAGCCUUUGUCUCAAACUGCUGCUGUGUCUGGUGACGGUAACAGACAAUAUUAGUCAGAACACCAUACUGGAAUAUGUGAUGAUCAACAGCAUCUUUGAAGCCAUUCUACAAAUUCUGUCAGAUGUCUCCAGUAGAGGGCAGCAUGGUUAUGAUGCUGUUGUCCUUCUGGCCCUCCUGGUCAACUACAGGAAAUAUGAGUCUGUGAAUCCAUACAUUGUGAAGCUUUCCAUUGUGGAUGAUGAGCCAACACUAGAUGGGAUGGGUAUGGUUGUCCACCAAGCUCUGACAGAAUAUAACAGGCAGUACAAAGACAAGGAGGAGGAGAACCAGGGUGGGUUCUUCUCUACCCUAACUAGUAUGGUGGGCAGUAUGUUUAUAGCAGAUGCUGAUGAGAAACUCUCUGUGCAGACAAAUGAGGCGAUUCUGCUGGCACUCUACGAGGCUGUGCACCUUAACCGCAACUUCAUCACUGUAUUAGCACAGAGCCACCCUGAGAUUGACAUCGCAGCCGCACCUACUGCCCCUGCUCCAACGACACCAACAACACCACUUGGCACAACGCCGCCCUCCCUAGACAUGAUGAACAACCCAGAACUGCCUCUGGAUCCCAACCUGCAGACCAGCAACCUUCUCAUCACCUUCCUCAAGUAUGCCUCUAUUGUAAUGCAGGAUACUAAAGAUGAGCAUCGACUCAACAGUGCCAGACUGUGCCUAAUAAUCCUCACCUGCAUAGCUGAGGACCAGUAUGCUGAUGCCUUUCUUCAUGAUGACAAUAUGAACUUCAGAGUCAAUCUCCACAGAAUGCCCAUGAGGCACAGAAAAAAAGCAGUGGACAAGAACAUCCCUUCACGGCCGCUGGUGUGUGCUGUUCUAGACCUGAUGGUGGAGUUUAUUGUUACUCAUAUGAUGAAGGAUUUCCCCAUGGAUUUAUACUUGCGCUGUGUGCAGAUCAUCCACAAACUCCUGUGCUACCAGAAGAAAUGCAGAAUCAGAUUACACUACACCUGGAGAGAGCUCUGGUCAGCUCUCAUCAACCUGCUGAAGUUCCUGCUGUCAAAUGAGACCACACUGCUGGCCAAGCACAACAUCUUUCAUCUGGCCUUACUGGUAGUGAACCUGUUCAACAUGUUCAUAACAUAUGGCGACACGUUCCUGCCAACCUCCAACAGCUACGACGAGCUGUACUACGAAAUUGUACGAAUGCACCAGGUCUUCGACAACCUUUAUUGUAUGGUUUUGAGAGUAUCAACAAACACGGGCCAGUGGAAGGAGGCAGCCAGCAAAGUCACGCAUGCCCUUGUCAACGUUAGGGCCAUCAUCAACCAUUUUAACCCCAAGAUUGAAUCGUACGCUGCCGUGAACCACAUCUCCCAGCUGUCAGAGGAACAGGUGUUGGAGGUGGUACGAUCCAACUAUGACACACUGACCCUCAAACUGCAGGAUGGUUUGGACCAGUUUGAGAGAUACUCAGAGCAGCCCAAAGAGGCUGCUUUCUUCAAGGAGCUGGUGCGCUCCAUCAGUCUGAAUGUGAGGAAGAAUGUCUCCUUGAACACACUGAGUCAGGACGUCCUGCUCAAAGAGUUCUCCUCUAUCUCCUGAGACACGCACCCCCCACCCCAACCUUCACCUCCCUUCAGAUGGACAUUGCAUUUUAUGUGCGUGUGGACAUGUACACACACUUUAACAGACAAACACAAACCAGUGCAAUCCUCGAUUGUUCUUUCCAUCUGUCAUCUUGAUUUCUCAUCCUCUGCCUCCUGUGAACUGAAAAUGGAAACCCACAGAGACGGACACACUGACAGGCUGGAUGCGCCGUAAGGAAAAACCUGCUAACUUUCCAGACUUGCUUCUUUUGUGGUCGCUCACGUGUGUCUGUGUGAUUCUUUAAGAAAGUGCCGGUAUUGAACCCGUAUAUUGGUUCCUCGUGUGCAAUCUGCAGUAUUGGCUAAACUGUUACCUGACACAUGAAAGUUUGGAUUUUAGAUCGUUCAAGUCUUUUUAACCCUUAUCUUCAUCUCCACCUUUUCUGCCACUGAUGAUGUUGUAAGUAGCUUCCGCUGUCGGACUGAUUUAUCUCUCCAGUAAUUACAGUAUUUCAGAAGAUUUAGGCUUUGAGUGAAACAUUAUGUUCUUCCUAACAGCAUUGGUAAUGGUGAUCCUGAGCCUUUUUUGAGUUUGAAUCUCACUCUAAAUCCUCUUGGAUUAGAGCCUUAACUUUUUUUUCUCAUCUGAAUGCUUGUUGUGUGAAUGUUAACAUAAUUCUCUACAUGUUCAAAACAAACAAGUAUUUUGUAUUUACGUAUUUGCUAAGGGGUAGAACAUUUGAGUAACUGAGUUGAAGAUGCUCUGAAGUGAUAAAAACCUUUUUGUUUUUGUUGCAAACCUUUGUUUUUGAACAAAGCCAUGAUUAACAUUCACUACUGUAUAUCACAUAAGUAAUUUCUAAAUUAGUUUAACAAAUUAAUCCGAAUGUGUUGAAGUGAGUGGCCAGUUUAGAGGGUAAACUUUUCACACAAUGGUUUAGCAUUAUGAGUUAUAAAAGUGAUCAUUGCUGAUUUGUGUCAGUUUGGUAAAGGAAAAAGAUCCAUACAUGCAUCCAUUUGAAAUUUUCCUUGCUCUCUCUCGUUGAUUUGAAACUUUUAACAUGAUUAUUUUUUGACUGGAAGCAGAUUUGAAUUAUGCAAUUUCUUCAAGUGUAGGUUCGCCUGUCUUUCAUCUCUAAUUCCUGUAGCUAUAUUUAUGUUUCUUUUUUAAAUAAAGGUUGGUUUCCUACUACUCUA